GGGAGAGCUGAUCAAGACAAACAGAAGUAACUGAAAGAUGAAGACCUCAGUGGCUUUGUUAACUUUAUCCCUCUUCUACCUUAGUGUGGCUGAGGUUCAACAGCUGGAUCACAGAGCAGCAGAGGGCAAGAGAGAGAUUCCUGAAAUCAAACCAUCUUGUCCCUGUGCUGGUGACAUAACAGGGAGCCAGGAAAACUACUGCCAACUUUUUGUCAUCUUGAGAGAACUGGAGACCAAACUGAAAAACACUGAGAAACAAUUAGAGGAUCUGAGGGGAGAGGUCCAAGGUAACCAGGUGGCAUUUGGAGCAUCUAUUGGCAAUGUUGGACAUGUUGGACCUUUUAACGCUGAGAUCACACUGACCUACAACAAUGUCUACUCAAACACAGGCGCAUACAACCCUGCAACAGGUAUUUUCACCGCUCCAAUCAAAGGAGUAUAUUACUUCAGCUUCUCUGGCCAUAAUUUAUCAUCUAGACCAAUGGGGCUGCGACUGAUGAAGAAUGGAGUGCAGAUGGUUACUGUGUACAACCAUCGAGCUGGAAACCGCUACGAGACAGCAACCAACGGCAUGACUCUACAGCUUGAAGUGGGAGACCAAGUGUACAUGAGACUCCGGUCAGACACCUGGAUUGUAGAUAAUGAAAAUAGCCACAGCACCUUUAUUGGCCAUUUGUUAUUCCGUCUUUAAGUGAAAGUAAAACUUAAAUAAGCUAAAAAGAAGGCUUUAAAAAAAAAAGGAUGAACAGUGAGUAAGGACAACAUUCUUCAGGCACAGUCUCAGUAUAUUAUUGUUGCAGGUGGUGGAAUGUUACAAUUAAAAAAAUAAAAAAUAAAAUAAGGGAGACUAGUCAACUAAUCAAUAAGAUUUUCUGUGGAAUAACAACUCAA